AUCCAGUCACUGCUACCCCACGGAAAACCAAGUAAUAGAAUCCCUACUCAGCCACGACCAUCACAUGUCAAGGGAGAAACGCGGCGGCGGCAAGUUCUCCACUGGCGGCCUGUUAAAAAUGUUCAAGCUUUUUCCUAUGCUGACGUCGGGCUGCAAAAUGGUGGCACUAUUGGGAAGACCCCGCAAGUCAAUGAUCAAGGACAAUGCAACUUCCGGCACAAUCUUUGGAUACCGUAAAGGGAGGGUGAGCCUGGCAAUACAAGAAGAUCCUCACCGCAUGCCGUUCUUCCUUAUAGAGCUACCAAUGCACACGAGUGCUCUGAACAAGGAAAUGGCGUCGGACGUACUGAGGAUUGCGUUGGAGAGCGAGACGAGGACCCAGAAGAAGAAUCUGUUGGAGGAGUUUGUGUGGGCAGUGUAUUGCAAUGGGAGGAAAGUAGGGUACUCGAUAAGGAGGAAGCAGAUGAGCGAGGAUGAGAUGUACGUGAUGCAGCAUAUAAGAGGGGUUUCGGUGGGCGCAGGGGUUAUUUCAAGUCCGUCCGACAAGGAAAGUCCAGACGGAGAAUUGACAUAUAUGAGGGCAAGAUUUCAGAGGGUGGUUGGUUCUAAGGACUCUGAAACUCUGUACAUGAUCAACCCGGAUGGUGGUCAAGGCCCAGAGUUUAGUAUUUUCUUUGUUAGGGCUCACUAGGUUUUUAAUUAAUUAAUUAAUAAUUAGGACUACAAUUCAUGUAAACAUUACGUCCCCUCCUCUGUCUUGUUUUUUCGCAAGGUGCUGAUGUAGUAUAAUAUUAAUCAAAGGAAUCAGUCUCUCCA